CUCUCCAAAUGGAGAAAAACAUGCAUCCUCAAAACAACCAAAAAAAGCUAAACGCCGAUCAGGUAGUCCUCGUCAUCGACCAACCAAACCCAAAACUACUGGACUCACAACCUCCACUAGACACCAGAGAUCAGCCAAUGUCACAGGCUGCUUGGGGAGCAGCAAGAACCAAAACACUUAAACGCCUCAACUUCUCCAAACCCAGAGCCCGUUUCGCAGAAACCAACUGUCCUACCCCUCGCAAAACCAUCCCUGAAUCCGAAGAACUCCAACCCUGCUUAUAUCCUCACCAAGAAACCUCUUCUGAUGAUGAAGACCAUGAUUGGUUCGAAGAAGAUGAAGAUGAUACUGAACGAGAUAAUCGCAGAAGGAAGAAAAGAAAGAUCAACAAAAGGGCUUUGGUAGAGUUCAUUUUGUUUCUCAUCAUCAUGACAUGCCUCAUAUGUUCAUUAAUCUUAAGCUCUCUAAAAGAUAAAGUGGUUUGGGGCUUGGAGAUCUGGAAAUGGUGCCUGAUGAUCAUGGUCCCUUUCUGCGGCCGCCUUGUCUCCGCUUGGGUGGUGUGCUUUCUCGUCUUCCUCAUCGAGCGCAACUUCAUGCUACGUGAGAAGGUCUUGUACUUCGUCUAUGGCCUUCGUAAGAGCUUUCAGAACUGUGCGUGGUUAGGCCUUGUUCUUGUGUGUUGGAUGGUCAUGUUCCCUGAUGUUCACAAGCAAAAACCUGUCGUAAAGAAGAUAAUCCGUAGCCUUAUAGCCAUCCUAAUUGGAGCCACCAUAUGGCUUCUAAAGAUUGUACUGGUAAAAGUUCUGGCUUCCUCCUUUCACGUUGCCACCUUCUUCGAUCGGAUGAAAGAAAGCGUAUUCCACCACUAUAUUCUCGACACUCUCUCCGGUCCUCCUCUUGAUGAAGCCGAGAGGGAACUGCCGCGGAAGGCACUAAGGCCAAGUAAAUCUUUACCAGCAAGGUUUUCUGAGAGCGGCCGCCUCUCCAGAACAUCGUCCAAGACAUCAGCGACUGGUGGGUCGAGGAGGAUCAACAUGGACAGGCUGAAGAAGCUGAGCAUGCAGAGUAGGGCUAAUGCAUGGAAUGUGAAGAGGCUGGUGAGCUACGUAAGGUCAUCAGGGCUAUCAACGAUUUCGAGGACGGUUGACGAUUUUGGGGCGGCGGAGUCUGAGAUUAAUAGUGAGUGGGAGGCCAGGGCAUGCGCAAUGAGAAUUUUCAAGAACAUGGCAAAACCCGGAUCUAAAUACAUAGAAGAAGAAGACCUGUUGAGAUUCUUAAAGAGUGAUGAGGUGAACACUAUAUUUCCUCUCUUUGAAGGAGCCCUCGAGACUGGGAAGAUAACUAAAUCUUCCUUCAGAAACUGGGUGGUGCAUGCUUACACUGAGCGUAAAGCACUGGCACAUUCCUUGAAUGAUACCAAGACGGCAGUCCAACAGCUGCACCGAUUGGCAAGUGCUAUCGUGGUGGUGAUCAUCAUUGUGGUGUCUCUCUUGGUGAUGGGGCUAGCAACAAUUAAGGUAGUUUUCGUGGUAACAUCUCAACUACUACUUGUCGGUUUCAUGUUCCAAAACACAUGCAAAACUGUGUUCGAGUCCAUCAUUUUCGUCUUCAUCAUGCACCCUUUUGAUGUUGGUGAUCGCUGCGUAAUCGAAGGCGUACAGAUGAUUGUGGAAGAAAUGAAUAUUUUAACGACUGUGUUUUUGAGGUAUGACAUGGAGAAGAUCUAUUACCCAAAUUCAGUUCUCCUUACAAAGCCCAUCAGCAAUUUCAGAAGAAGUCCGGACAUGGGUGACGGUGUUGAAUUCACCAUCGAUGUCUCCACUCCCGUCGAUGACAUCAAUGCCCUCAAGAAGGCCAUACAGACGUACAUAGAGAGCAAGCCUAAGUAUUGGGGUCCAAAGCAUUCGGUGAUAUUCAAGGAUAUUGAGAACAUGGACAAGUUAAAAAUGGCUUUGUAUGUUCAGCAUACCAUGAACCAUCAAAACUAUGGCGAGAAAAGCAGUCGAAGAUCGGAGCUUGUGCUUGAAUUGAAGAAGAUUUGCGAUAACCUUGGUAUCAAGUAUAAUCUCCUGCCUCAGGAGGUUCAUCUCACACAGUUUAACAUCCCCAAUGCGAGAAUCUAAUAAUUGAGGAAAUGCACCAACAUUUCUGCAGAUGAACUCUUAAUUACUACUAAAUGAGGUUCAGAAUCUUGUAACCAAGUAUAUGUACUCACAUUCUCUUUUUGUUGAGAGUUUCCGAAGUGAGCCUUUCUUUCUCUUAAGCUAGUCUGGACUUGUCGGAUCUUUUUAUGUAAGUGAUGCAAGGUGUGCUUAAUU